AUGCCUGACGAAGAAAAGAAUAAACAGCCUGAACCGGCAGCUGGUCGGGAGACAUAUCCGCUGAUGGACAUGGGAAAUGGCAUAGUUGGAUGGGAGAGUCAGGACGACCCGUUAAAUCCCAGAAACUACCCUCCAUCUCGCAAAUGGUUCCAGUUAGCGACAGUUAGCAUCAUCACGUUCAUUAGCCCAUUUGCGUCAUCGGUAUUCGCACCCGGUGUCAGUCUUGCCGAUCAAGAAUUCGGGAACACAUCCUCCAUACGCAGCUCUUUUGCGGUAACAGCGUAUCUCUUCGGCUAUUUUAGUGGUCCCUUGGUUCUAUCUCCACUCAGUGAGGUAUGUGGUCGUCGAAUCACGUUGAACGCGGCCACGUCGAUCUUUGUGCUGUUUCAAAUCGGCUGUGCCCUUGCGCCCAAUCUCUCGGCCUUGAUCGUCUUUCGUUUCUUCACUGGCUUUGGAGGAUCCGGCUGUCUAACCAUUGGAGGCGGCGUGAUUGCCGACCUUUUCGAGGCGGAGCAACGCGGACUGGCCUUGUCCUUUUUCUCGUUCGGUCCGUUAUUCGCACCAGUAAUAGGACCAAUUUGCGGGGGAUACAUUGCGCAACGUGCGGGGUGGCGAUGGACAUUCUGGGUGCUGGUCAUCGUAGGGGGCACGCUGACCGGUAUAGUCAUGGUGACCAACCGAGAGACCAACCCGACCGUGCUCAUCAGGCGGAAGACAGUGGCCCUGCGCAAGGAGUUGAACCGCCCCGAGCUUCGCAGCUGUUAUGAGAUGGAAGGCGAGACACGCGGGCCAGCGACUCUCUUGUUGAGAACAUCCACCCGGGUCAUCAAACUGUUGGCCACCUCGCCCAUCGUACUGAUCAUGGCCCUCUAUAUUGCGUCAGUUUAUGGCUGUCUCUAUCUUCUGUUCACCACUAUCACAUCAGUCUUCCAGAACCAGUAUGGUUGGAGUGUAGAAACGAGUGGUCUCGCAUAUAUCGGUUUGGGGCUAGGCUUUUUCGCGGGCCAGGUAGUGUUCGCUCUCACAAGCGAUCGGAUCCUUAUCCGACUGAAACGACGCAAUAAUAACAUACUGGAACCCGAAAUGCGUCUCCCGUUGUGCUUGCCAUUUGCACUCUUCGUGCCGAUCUCCUUUUUCUGGUAUGGCUGGUCUGUUCAGGAAAAGACACAUUGGAUCGUUCCCAUUAUCGGACUGUUUCCCUUCGCCUUCGGCAUAAUCGGCAUCUUUGGAACGCUGCAGGCAUAUAUUAUUGACUCUUACCCUCGCUAUGCGGCAUCCGGUAUUGGAGCAUUGACAGUUACUCGGUCCCUCUUCGGUGCAUUACUGCCCUUGGCAGGACCGCCGAUGUACGAAAAGCUGGGAUACGGUUGGGGGAAUUCGCUCCUAGGCUUUGUGACACUGGCGAUGGUCUUGCUGCCUAUGCUUUUUCGUUGCAUCGGUGCAUCUCUCCGACAGAAGUUCACAGUUGAUCUAGAAUAG